AACAAAAGUACAUUUAUAUAUUUAUAAACCAAAAUGACUGCUCAAGGUGCCAAUGGUGAUAUUGUCGAUUUGGAAUCUUCACUUCUUCAACAAUUCUCGUGUAUGGGUACACAAGAUAAAGAUGUUCUUAUUAAUGAAUUCCAAAAAUUACUCUCACCUAACCAACUGUCACCAGAAGGAUGUGCUUUCUUCCUGGACAUGAAUAAUUGGAAUCUUCAACAGGCCAUCUGUUCAUACUUCGACCUAGAUGCACCCAAAGAACUUGGAAUGGAAUCAUUACCAGUCAUGAGUUUUAUCAAAGAUGUAACCAUAGGAGAAGGUGAAGAGGUUCCACCAAAUACCCGAUUUGUUAAAACUUGGAGAAUUUUAAAUUCAGGGACGGAAAGGUGGCCUCAAGGAUGUUCUUUACGAUUUAUAAAUGGCCAUUUAAUGGGAAAUUGUGAACGAGUUGUUGUAGAUCCUUUAGAGCCUGGACAGAUGGCCGAUGUGUCUUUAGAAAUGAUAAGUCCAGCCAUGUCUGGCAUAUUUCAAGGCCAAUGGAGGAUGAGUACAGCCAUUGGUCAAUUUUUUGGAGAAAUAAUUUGGGUGAUAAUCACAGUCGCUGAAGGAGGACUUUUAAGCUUAACUCAACAAAUGGACUCAUUCCACCAAUUAGGGUCGCCUGUUGAAAGUUAUCCUACCAAAAUGGAUACUAGUGUUAAUCCUUUCGAAAAAUAUUAAUACCGAUUAAUAAUAAAUGUAUACAUUUUGUUUUUUUUUCGA